AUGUCAUCCGAAAUGACAGAGAAGUAUGAAUUGGUUUUUCUAAACUUUUACGCCGAUUGGUGUCGAUUCAGUCAAAUAUUAGCCCCGGUUUUCGAGGAGUCCUACACCAAAGUGCUCGAAGAGUUUCCGGAACCGGGACGUGUGCUGUUUGGCAAAGUGGACUGUGAACAUGAAACUACUUUGGGGACGCGCUUUCAUAUCUCGAAAUACCCGACACUUAAGCUAUUAAUGAACGGAAAGACAAUGAAACGUGAGUUUCGUGGACAGCGCAGCACUGACGCCAUUGUCCAACACAUUAGAGACCUCCUGAAGGAUCCGAUUAAACACAUCGAAAAUUUUGACGAAUUCAACAAAAUCGACGAAACCAAGGGCUCGUUAAUCGCGUAUUCGUCAGCCCUUCCCAACACAAUACAAGACUAUAAUAUAUACCGAAAGGUUGCCAUCGAUUUGCGUGACGACUGCUCCUUCUAUUGGGUGACCGGCGACCCCUCCCACUCGCACCUCACGGACGGCAAGUCGCUGUCGGUUCUGUUCAAACCGUCGCGAACUAAGCCUAAUGUCAACGACUUGUCAUAUCCCGGAGUCCUUCAAAGUUACGACGAGUUGAGUACAUGGGCUACCGAUAAGUGCAUUCCUCUGGUUCGGGAGAUAACCUUCGAUGCCUUAUAUUGUGUUUAA